AGCAGCAGGGGACGAUAUUGUAAAACACCCUGAUAGAGGGGGUGGAGAGGAGCCUAUUGGAAAGGUGAAACUGCAUAAACCCUACAGAGAACUGUGAGGAAGACAAGAUAAACAGUUCUGAAGUCUACCAACUGGAAUACGUUUUGUGUUAAGUUAACUCGAUGUGAAGGAAGUAUUUAUACCUGCAUUUUUUUAUUUGCACUAGUUAAGGCUACUACAACUACUGAAAAUCUGUAUUUUUUAAGAGUCAAAUACUGGAUCAGUUAUUUGUGGACUGAGACGUUCCCUCUGCAACAGCACUUUGUUUUCAACUGUUUCCCCCAGGUUUCUGUUUAUUUGCCUGGCUCCAGCUGAGCCUUGCCCUCUGGUGGCUUACAACACAAUACGACAAUUCAAAACAGCCAACGGUAAUAACUCCAGGGUGGUACAGCAACUAUGCAGCUUGAAAUCCAAGUAGCACUCAACUUCGUCAUUUCGUACUUGUACAAUAAGCUGCCCCGGCGACGUGUCAACAUUUUCGGUGAGGAGUUGGAACGACAGCUGAAACAGAAAUAUGAGGGACAUUGGUACCCGGACAAGCCAUACAAAGGGUCUGGAUUCAGGUGUAUACACGUCGGGGAGAAAGUGGACCCGGUUGUGGAGCAAGCAGCCAAAGAAAGCGGGUUGGACAUUGAGGAUGUCCGCAACAACCUGCCUCAGGACCUCAGUGUCUGGAUAGAUCCUUUCGAGGUGUCUUAUCAGAUCGGGGAGAAGGGACCUGUCAAGGUGCUCUAUGUGGAUGACAGUAAUGACAACGGGCUGGAGUUGGACAAGGAGAUCAAGAACAGUUUUAACCCCGAAGCCCAGGUCUUCAUGCCAAUUAGCGAACCCGUGGGCAUGUCACCCACCUCCAGUUCCCCGUCCCCUCCUUUCGGCCAAUCGGCAGCGGUUAGCCCCACUUUCAUGCGCCGUUCCACGCAACAUUUAACCUUCACCACUGCUUCAUUCGCCGCCACCAAGUUCGGCUCCACUAAAAUGAAAACCAAUGGGCGGAACGCCAACAAGGUGGCCCGAACCUCCCCCACCAACCUGGGCCUGAAUGUAAACAACCUUCUGAAGCAGAAAGCCAUGUCUACAUCAAUGCAUUCGCUCUACGGCGUCGGCUUGGCCGGGCAGCAGCAGAAACCCUCCGCCCUGUCUCCAAACGCCAAGGAGUUUGUGUUCCCCAACCUCCAGGGGCAGGGCAGCCCAAGUGCAAUGUUCCCCGGUGAGACCUCACUGAGUCUCAGCCCUCUCCCGUACAAUAAUGCCUUCGAUGUGUUUGCCGCCUACGGGGGCCUUAACGAGAAGUCCCUUGUGGACAGUCUGAAUUUCAGCUUGAGCAGCAUGCAGUAUUCUAACCAGCAAUUCCAGCCAGUGAUGGCCAACUAAUGACCAGAGAUAUGUGAUGGGAUGGUGUGGAACACCCAUUUUGAAAC